AUGUCGUCUUUGCGACCACCUCGGGAAGGCCUGACCCUGGAAUAUCUGUUCAGGCCGUUUGGAAUCCUACUGCACCCAGUCGUCUCAGCGAGUCUUUUGUUCGCGAGUAUCAAGAGACCGGAUGCGACGAAGCAAUUGGUGUACGCGAUCACGAAAAGUGACAUAUCGCUCGAGUCGAUCAGGACCGCUUUCAAGAUCCUCUUGACGACGGUCACCGUUUUCAAACUGAACAAAUACCUCAGUCGCCUUAGCCUCAACAACUUUGUCACGGAUCGAUCGUGGGAUUGGCAGAAAGAGAUUGUGGUGUGCACAGGUGGUUCCAGUGGAAUCGGAAAGCACGUUGUCGAUGAGCUUGCACGGAGAGGCAUCCAGGUCGUGAUUCUUGACAUCAACCCUCCGACGAAGAGUCUCCCCGAAAACGUGUCUUACUACAAGGUCGACCUUACCUCGAAGGCGGAUAUCCAGGAGGUAUCGUCGAGAGUGCGCCAGGAGAAGGGGCACCCUACUGUCCUGAUCAACAAUGCGGGCACUGGCACCGGAGCAACAAUUCUAAACGAAACCGACGAAGGGGUCCAGAGGACAUUCGACGUGAACAUACUGGCUCACUUCAAAUUGAUCAAGGAGUUCGUUCCUUACAUGGUCCAGCGCAACCAUGGCCACAUUGUCACCAUCGCCAGUAUGGCAAGUUUCGUGUCUGGUCCUGCCAAUGUCAGUUAUAGCGCAACCAAAGCCGGCGCCCUCGCGUUGCAUGAGGGUCUUGGGAGUGAGUUGAGGACCAGAUACGGAGCGAACAAAGUACGAACGACCAUCGUGCAUCCCUUCUGGGUGAGGACCCCGCUGACGCAUCCUCUGACUACCCGAAAAGAGUGGAAAGAAUUCACCUUGGAGCCUGAAACCGUGGCGGAAGCUAUAGUUGCACAAAUCCUCAAGGGUGAAAGUGCACAGCUGAUUCUGCCAUCUCGAUUUGGCUUUGCAGGAGGAAUCCGAGGCUGGCCUGGUUGGCUGCAGGAGUUGAUUCGAGGACGCAGCCCAAUCCCCGGAUGA